AUGUCCCAAGACCACCCCGAAGCCACCUCGAACUCAGAGUCGCCCUGCGAUGCGGACGUGUACGCGCGGAGCUGGUUUGUGCCUAGCCCGCCAGACGUUGACGGCAUUUCGUGCGACGGCGGGCCUUGUCGCGCUGCCGUGGUGUGGCCUUGCAGCGGCGGCCACCGUGUUCUCAUUGCGAACAUCAGCGGCAGUGUGACGAACCAGAAUGAGAUUUUGCUCUCACUCUUGGUUACGUUAUCGCGACUGCAGAACGGCGCUGGCAAGUGUGUCGAGUUGACUGCGAGGUUGGUUGAGUGGAUUGCCACGCUGUGCGAACCUUCGGUUGCGACCCGUGCAUCCGCUGCCCUUGCCGGGGCCCACUGGCCCGCCGUUGCCUGUUUGCGGCGCAGCCGGGUGCAGCUUGCUGAUUCGUACGUGGCCUCCACUGAGACCGCUGCUAUUUGUAUUUACAGCAGCCACGCAGACACUCGCCGCAACGUACCUCGGCCGCAGUUGCCGGACCGGCCGUUUGACACCAUUCCGCUGUUGUACACCCUGCCUGGUCGUUGUUUUCCCGACACCCUGCGGGCGGUUUUGGCCCACGUCGUGAACUGCGGAGUUGACGCUGCGCACAGCCCGCGCGACCUGUGGUGGUUCGCGUACGAUUGUACUGGGCACUUUGGCUGGAUUCGGGAUGAUGAGUGCACUCACAUCUCACCAGCGGUUGUUGACAAGGGCGACUUGGUCACGGGCUUUCUCAAGUUCUUUUGUGAGGCGCACGAGGUUGCGCUGCGCCCUGCUGGCCUCACUCGUUCGCACCCAGCGAUUUGCGACGCGCGCUAUUUGCUCUUGACUUUGGGCGUGCGCGUGCGAUUUGCCGAUACCGCCGGCGCGACGGUCUUGCAAAUCGGCGCAGGCAGUGAAAUCCUUGCCGAAUAUGAAGCUCUUGUCAGCAGCACGUCUGGCAGCGACUUCGGCCGAUUGUACCAUUCUGCUGCCGUGAGGUGCGUUCGCCGCAACGAGGUCGGCCGGGUCGCCGCUCGCGACGCGCAGCCUACCGGCACGCUCCGGGCCUGUCAGUCCAUUGGUGCCGUCGCCGCCGCUGACGAGCUUGUUUUGGAGCAUCUGCGCACGGCUGGCACCUGUGCCUUGUGUCGGCUGCAUGCUGCCGGCCUUGCAGAGCAUCGCGUUACGGGCGGCCAAGACACUGCGAAGGAGUGGCGGACCGUCGACGCUGGUUCGGAGUUUGCUGCUGUAGGUGGAUGGGCUGCGGGGGCUCCAGAGCCGCCUGCUGGUUGUGCAGGCCCCGAGCUUCAGCGCACGCGGUCUGGCAACCCUGCGACGAGCCCUGACAACACUACGCUUUUUGCCGCUGUGCAGAUGUACGGCCGGCAGCGCAACGCUUUGGAACGGGCUAUUCGGGACAGAUCGUACGACAUUGCGGCCGUUGCGCACGCUCAGCCUUCGUUCGAUUUUGACGUCGACGACUGCGUGCGCCGCAUCAUUGAUGCUGUUCGGACUGCCAUGUCCACAGUUCCCGUGGUUGUUGAUCCUGUGCCGCCCGCGGUCGUUUCAGCUGACAUCGCCCGUCGCCGGCGCUCCGAGCGAGAGCGUUCUUGUCACCCUGCGCCCGAGGGCAAUUCUGUAGCACCAGAAGAGCCGCCGCUAGCUGGCGGGCAGCAUCGUGUUGCAAGCUCACCCGUGCCUGCUCGACCUGCGGGCAAAGAGGUGCGUUUUGAUGCUGCUCAGGUGCCGGUUCACGUGCCGACCGCCUUCAUUCGGCCUCGCGGUGUUGUUGUUGGCGGGGACCCUUCAACUCUUUGCUUGGUUGUCGGGCAGCCUUGCCAUGGGGCCAUGAGGCCGCCAGUCGGCUCACGUGACGCCCCACCCAAGAUUGAUGUCGAAGAGAGAAACCAGCUCUUCACCAAGCGGCUCGGCGACUUGCGCACGCAUAUCAAGCUACGGCGCAAGGGGACGCGCCCAAGCGAGUGCGGGCAGCGCUUCGUACUCAUAGCUCUCACAGAGGGUGUUGUUUGCAUACCAGCGCACAUCUCACCCGUGCCCCUUAUCGACGGCCUCAACGAGUUUGUUGCUGAGCAUCCCACGCCUGCAGCGCUCUUGAUGAUCAUGACUGCGUUUCUGUUUCCGGACGUGCGCAACUGGGCGGUUUGCGACAUGCGUGACCGUUUCGACCCGGACCGCUUGCCUGUACUCACCGCCGGGACCGACGUUUACUGCGACACCGAGUUUUGCAACGCCGAACCAAGUUUGGUUGUGCUCACGUGCCUUUUGCCGGAGCACCGUUUGCUUCUGUUCGUUCGAAGCGAUACGUACUCCGAAUUGCACACGUACUUUCGCAACGCACGGCUGCUGUUUUGGAACAGCGCAGGCGAUCUUCAAGCUCUUUACAGCGCUGAUGGUGAUCAGGCGGCUCGCUUCGACGUGCUUGACGUGCGGCUCCAAGAGGCAGCCGCGCAGGCUGCCAAGAUCCGCAUGGACAAGGUACUGGUACCGUCGCUGCCGAUGACAAAGGAGGAGAAGAAGGAAGAGAAGAAGGAGGAGGAGUAA